AUGCAAUCUUUGGGCCUGAAGAUGACGCCGGGUUUCAACCUGUGCGUAGGAAGGAGGCAAGUGCAGUGCGGGAGGGAGACCGAGAAGGUAUUCCGGGUGGCAGCCUGCUUGCCUUCUCAGCCCUCUUCAUCCUCGCCGGAACCUAAUUCCGCGCAGGGGAGGGACGGGGGCAAGAACACCUCGUCGGCGGGUUCGAUCCUGUCGAGGACCCAGAAGUACGCCCUGCUGAAGCAGCAGCUCGCCGUCGCCGCGAAAUUCGAGGUUGGGGAUUCCUCUCUGGUUCUCUCUUCAGAUUUCCAUUUUGGUACUCGAUCGGUGGGCUUUGCCUUAGUAUAAUCGGAUCUUCCCCUCGGACAUUUCCAUUUCCCGGUCUAUCUCUGACGAGAUAUCUGGUUCUCCGCAAUUCGAUUUUCACCCAGAGGAUACAUUCCGUGUUCAGACCGAGUUUACUCAUUGUUAUGAAAUGGACUGUAAAUUCAUUUUAUACGCGCAGGAUGAAGGUAUUACGGGCGUCUUUAAGUAGAUAGAGAUGGAUGUGAUGUAGUACCUAAGAUGUAGUGUAGGGAUUUUUCGUCUUCAUGGAAAUAAUUUAUAUUUGGGUUCUGAAUCAUUGUUUGAAGAUCAUCACAAAAGAGGGAAGAACAAGACAACUCACCCAAAUGCUAACUUCGUUCCUGUUAGCAUCUCCUGAUGCGAUCUGUGGGGGGUAAUUCUGAUGUGAAGGAAAAAAAAUGCCUCAUUACGCCGGUCCUCUCCAAGAUUUAACAUCUUUAAUGGGAAAAAUGAUAAAAAUCCUCCAUCUUUCUCAUUUUCCUGUCUCCUGCAGAAUUAUGAAGAAGCUGCUAGAAUAAGGGAUUCUCUGAAAUCCUUCGAAGAGGAGGAGCCCAUGCUGCAUCUCCGCAGAUUGAUGAAGGAAGCCGUAGAGGAAGAGAGAUUUGAGGUCAGCCGCGCUCUGACUUCUGACUGUGGUUACAGCACGUGUUACAGAAUCAUGCCGCACCUCGCUCAUACUUCUGCGAAAAUAAAUAAGAUAUUUUCAAAAAAAGAUUUAUUUCUACUCGCCAUUGAAAUAUUUACUGUCGGAUCCUCAGGAUGCAGCGAGGUACAGGGAUGAACUCAAGGCUGUGGCCCCGCAUUCCCUGCUCAGAUGUUUCAGCGACGCCACCACUCUCGUAUGGCAUCCAAUUCAAUUCACGAAAUUGCUCUUAUAGUUUUAUCAUCGAUCGUUUGAUUUAUCAGGGCAUAUGCAUGCGUUCAAAAGUAUCAUGGUUCCAGCUGUGGAUGAUGUUUCAUGGCAUAUUAUUUAAGGGCGUACGGGUGCAAGUGAGGAGCGUCUACAUCGAGGGGCGGAGUCAGCCGCUGAAAGGGCAGUAUUUGUUCGCUUAUCGAAUCAGGAUCACCAAUAACUCUCAGCGGCCCGUCCAGCUUCUGAGAAGACAUUGGAUCAUCACCGAUGAAAAUGGGAGGACCGAGAACGUCUGGUCAGCCAUCCUGCUCUGCGUCCCAUCCUCUCUCUCUCUCUCUCUCUCUCUCUCUCUCUCUCUCUCUCUCUCUCUCUCUCUCUCUCACUCUCACUCACUCUCACCCACUCACUCAAUAUCUCUCUCUCUUUUUGCCAGGGGGAUUGGUGUGAUUGGAGAGCAGCCGGUAAUACUUCCAAACACGGGGUUUGAGUACUCCUCGGCAUGCCCGCUGACGACUCCCAGUGGGAGAAUGGUGAGCGCUGAAUGGAUUUAUCUCGGCCAAUGAUGGAUGCAGAUCAGUCCUGGGUUAUUUAAUCGUUUAAAAAAAUGGAAAUUCUGAAUCAGGCGGGUCCAUAUGAGCUCUUCUGCGUUCUCAUGUGCCUCGUUAGUUUGCUUUAAUGCGUUUAAAAAUCAUCUGACAUUGUCCACGAGAACCAAAGCAUGGGAUUAAGAUAUCUGCGCCGUGAUUGCUAAUCGCUACUUAAUCUUACCCUAAUAAUUUAUCCUGAACAUGAUUUCUGGAUCUUCGUUCGGCUCUAAUCCUGAUCCGGCUGUGUUUUUUUGCUGAAAUCGUUUAGGAGGGGGACUUUGAGAUGAAGCACAUCGACAGGGUCGGCUCGCCAACCUUCAACGUCGCCAUCGCUCCCUUCUCUCUCUCCAUCAUUGGGGAUGAAGUCGACGUGCUCCUUUGA